AUGGACCUGGAACCAACCAAAAACGCCAACAUUGGCAUCACGACCCAUAGCGUCGCCAGCAUCGACCUCGAUGCCAGCCCAUAUAUCCCUCCACCUCCAACUGAAUGGACCAUAGAGGAGGAACAGCGAGAGUAUGAGAGAAAGUCACGCGACAAAGCCUCACGAUGGCUCAACAGACAAGACAGCUCCCGGCCAGCUCCGGGUGCCAUCAUCAACUCUCUCCCUUUGGACGAGCGUAUGCGCCAUAACGGCGAGAUUGUAGGCCUAGUCGACACUGUUCUGCCUCAGACAUCCCACUCCGACGCUAGCAAACUCAAGCCUUCGUCCAUCCAGGCCCCUACUGUCUUUGCUUUUGCAGCCCACCGCAAUCACGACGGAAACACCUUCCAAGAUCGCCUGCUGGGUUCCAAUGCUGCAUUCCAAGCUCCCGAGUCUACGCCGUCUUUCUCCGACCGCAACUCGAAAUACCAUGAUACAGGGCAUCAUGACGAGGGCAGGCCACCAGACACAUUUGGCAGUGAUAGAGGGCACGCAAGCUUGUCUCUUCAGACGACCCCUCCAACUCGCGGGGUCAAGGAGGAACACUCCCCCCACCCUGGGCUACACCAGGUUCACUGGGCUUCGACCAACCCAUCGGAGACGGAUACUUGUUCUAUUACAAGGAAGCAGCCAAAGCGCCAGAACAGCCGCUUAACGGAUGACGAACAGGGCACCAGGCGACGGCAGAAGCGACACAGAACAGGGCGUCGCUUGCCGAGAGCCUCGCCAGCAGUUCCGGGCCCAGCCAACUCGUCUCGACAAGCAGCAAAUCGCAUCCCACAAACGGUUCCUGGGAGGUCUCGACAACAAACCCAAAGAGAACCUCAGUCUCACCCUGAUCCCGGGCCCUCCAACUCAUCAAGUUUCCAAGAUGACCGAGUUGAGUGCAGCCCAGACUGUCAAUUUUCAGAAAAGAACUUUGUUGGCUCCGAAGAAACCUGCUUCUUUUGGUUGCACGACAACGCCAAAUACUCGACUUCCGGCAGGACUGCUUGUCAAGGACGAAAGAUUGAGAUUUCCCACAUCGUCACACAUGCCGUCGAUCAUCAUGGGCUUAUCCGGGCUAGAGACCCGAGAUAUGGUAAUCGCGCAUAUCUGAUGAGCUGCCAGCUGUACGACCCGGGGACCAAAGCGACAGGAAACUGUACCACGUGCAAGUCUCUUCAUGAGUGGGGGGAGGUCAACUUUGAUGACCCAGAACAUCAUGGCACGGCCCUCUGCUUGCGCUGCUGGUGCGGUUUUUCCAAGAGAGAGAUGAAGGCACACCUCGCUGGACCUUUAUGCUCGUACAUGGCAGAGCAGCCAAAGUCGACGAAGGUGUAUAUUCUGUACACUACCUUUUGCUCCAAGGAUGACCCUCCAAGCGCGCCUCCCAAUUUUGAUACACCGAGCCACGGCCGAAGACCACCAAAGGGUCGAAACCGAUCGGCCGCGAGAGAGCCGCAGCCGAAACAAGGACGCAACCAGCGGAUCGGUCAACAAACUCCGCAAGAAUCGUCCAACGGGAACCAAUUUCGCUCCCUACAACCGACGGGCAAGUCAAACAAGUCAGCAACUUCCCGACGACCGGGAGCAUUACACCUAGAGGUACCUGCGCAGAAUCCUCCACGACUCUCAACACCAGCCCAAAGGCCCCCUUCACAGUCUUCGCUCUCCCUCAGCCCUUCAUGGAGGCAGGCAGCCACUCGAAGCUUCCAGUCCCAAUCUCCUCUUCCCGAUGAGAUCUAUCGCCAGUUGAGCUAUCAAGACCUGACCAACCAGCAGCCGUUUGGCAAUCUUAUGUACACUGGCAACCUUCAAGAAUCUGGUAUGCCUCAGAUCCAGACGACAACUCCAAUUGACAAUUUUGAUCUGGCGCUACGGCUCGAAUCAUUCUUCCAACGCACUCCUUCACAAGCCACUGCCUCGCAGGUUCCGUCUACUCUGGGAGAGCCUUUGCCCAUACCUUCACCUGAUAUGGACGAGCCCAGAUAUUUGUUGCUUGAUCCGGACGACGACGACGACGACCCCUUCCAGUACAUCGGGUCCAAUCCUGCGCUUCAGGAAUCUGUUGGCCGACAAGAUGCCCCCGUUCGUCAACAGACUCUGCGUCCUCAGAACUCGUCGCUUAAUGGCUUGAUACCAUUCGGUCAACAGAUCAAGAUUGAGCGAGACUCAGCGUAUGAGUCAGGACAAGCCAAUACGGAGCCGGACGACAGUCUGAAAGCAAUGUAUCAAUCAGCUGAACCAGACAGCAUGGAAAUAGAUGAGAGCCUUGGUCCAGAUCUUACGAAGUGGUUUGACUUCGAUAAGUAUGAGGAAACAUCGUUUACCGAUCAAAGGUUUUUUUGA